AUGUCUCCUCCCGGUAUCUUGCUCGUAACCAUGACCCCCAAGCCGGGCCUCUCACUCAGUCAAUUCCACGAGUGGUACAAUAAUGAACACGGUCCGACUCGUCUGCGGCUUCCCAAAAUAUUUCCCAAUGGCCUUCGCUAUAAAGCCACUUCUGAUGACCAGCCUGCCUUCAUGGCAGUAUACGAUGUCACGGCAAUGAACCACCUUGAAACGGAAACUUACACUACCCUGAGAGAAAACCGCUCCAGCCGCGAAGCCAACACUAUUGGCCAGGUUGACGUCAAGCGUUACUUUUACGAUCUGCUCUACACCAAGCAAUCGCCUCUCUUCACAUCCAUCGAGACUCUGACAGACGAGGAGGCCGAGGGCAUAGUUACCGUGGCCGUGAGUAUCACUGUGUCCGAGGCCGACGGAGCAGGACACCAGUAUCAGAAGUGGUUUGUCCAAGAGCACGCCGAGUUGAUUUCGAAAGUGCCCGGCUGGCUGCGAUCGCGGCUGUUCAAGACGUCGAGUCUAGAAGACCCUGGAAAGGUCGUGUAUUUCUGUUUACACGACUACACAAAGCAGAACGGCCUGGGAGGCGCGAAGCAUAAAGCUUCUAUGGAUACGCCAUGGCGCACAGAGGUGUUCAGCAAAUAUGUCGUCUCGAAAGGCCGGCAAACGUGGUCUCUGUUCUAUGUAUUCGGAUCUGGCCCUAGAGACCUUGCCUCGUUAUCAGAACUGCCCGCCUCUGCGGCCUUUACGUCCACUGACGGGAAAACCACAACCACGCCCGGUUCCGACCCUGUCAUAUCGUCAUACGUCACAACCAAGGACUCCCUGAACAUUCCCUACCGCCUCGAAGGCAACCCCUCUCCCACCGCUCCCACCGUCGCGUUCUCAAACUCCCUUCUCACGUCCCUCCACAUGUGGGAUUCUUUUGUUGCUACCCUCAAAAAGAACCGGCCAGAUCUUCGUAUUCUCCGCUACGAUACCCGCGGACGACACGCCAUCCCGCAACCGCCGGUUCCCGCAACACUCGACAUGAUCACGGACGACUUCAAACUCAUUCUAGAUUCUCUCCGAAUUCCCAAGUUGCAUGCCCUGAUCGGUGUGUCCCUGGGUGGUGCAACUACUCUUAACUUUUCCAUCAAGAACCCCACUCGCGUUGGCAAGUUCAUCGCCUGCGACUUCAACGCCACAUCCAGCCCGGCCAACACACAAGCAUGGAAGGAUCGCGUUGCCAUCGCGCAAGGCGACGCCGGACAGGGUAUCAAGAAACUUGCCGUUCAAACCGUGGAGCGUUGGUUUCACCCUACAACCAUGGAGAAAAAGAAUCCCGCGCAGGAAAUGACAGACAUGUUGGCAGGGAAUGAUGUAGACGGGUUUGCAAACAGCUGCACGGCACUAUGGGACUACGACAUGAAGCCGGACAUGAAGAGCUGCAGUGUACCUGGAUUGUUCGUGGUGGGGGAAACUGAUGCAAAAGGUGCAGUAGUCAAGGCCAUGGAGGGAUUCAGGGGGUUGUUGGGCCAGGGCGACGCCGAGUUGAGGAUUGUGCCUUCAACGGGACACCUUCCUAUGUUUGAGGACCCGGAUGCAUUCUACGAUGCGGUGAAAGAUUACCUAUGA